CUCACUUGUGUCUUUGUGACUUCUCAGCAGUCACAUCAAGUUGUUAAAUACUCCAGGUGGUUUUUCGAGCAAAUCUCAGAAGAAAGAGAAAAUACUUUUCUUUUUAAUUAAACAGCAAAGCCUUCACUCAGCAGUGAUGGCGGUCCAAAAGUUCAGGAUUUUUUUUUUGCUCGUUUUUGUAACUGUUGGUUUUCUGGUGUUUAUUCUGUCACAGGAACAUUUAUCAAAAAGGAGGACAACUUUCUCAGGAAAAAAUGGACACAAAUGGGAAAAAUUUUCUCUUGACAGUGUCAUUACAUUUUUGGGAAAAAUCAAAAACACAUCUGCACCACCCUUUGUGUGUACCACAGCUGGCAUAGCAAAAGUUAUUUCAACAAAAAUGAACCCAGUGACAAAAUCUAAAACCCCUACACGCGGAGCCAUGGCUGAGACUCCUAUGCCUAUCCUCUACAAAAUAAAUUUCACAAAGCUUCCUCAGUGGGAUUUUGAUGAUGUUUAUAACCAGGAUGCACCACCUAGACCGACAGCAUGUGCCCAGUCUCUGCGAAACUCUGACGAUGAAAACUUUAAGAAGGCUUUUCUUCCAAACAUACGUUUGUUUCUACACAAGGACAACAUCAACAUGAGCGAGUGGAAUCGGCUCUCACAUUUUAACAAUCCUUUCGGUUUUAUGGAGUUCAAGUACGACGAUGUGAUGAAAUCAGUGAAAUUGAUUCCAAAGCCAAAAGAGCCGUUGCUCCUCCCAAAACCCGGUGGUGACGGUUGUGUGCGCUGUGCUGUGGUAGGUACUGGAGGAAUCCUGAACGGCUCAAAGAAGGGGGUGGAGAUCGAUGGCCAUGAUUACGUUUUUCGGAUGAAUGGUGCCAUCACCAAGGGCUUUGAAGAAGAUGUAGGAAACAAAACAUCGGUCUAUGUCCACACAGCCCACUCCAUCACUUCAUCUCGUUACAUCCUUAAAAAACACGGAUACAAAGCUGCUCCUCAUGAUGAGGGAAUAAAAUAUGUGAUGAUUCCUGAGGGGAUGAGGGAUUACCAAUGGCUUGAGGGCCUUCUCAAAGGAGAAAAGGUCUCUGCUGGUCCAUACCGCAACAGACUGCCAAGGACCUACUAUUCAGGGCAGUACAACGAGAGCCGCUUCUACGUUCUGCAUCAGGAUUUCCUCCGAUAUGUGCGGAACAGGUUCUUGAAGUCACGAAAUCUGAAUAAGAGAUACUGGGCGAGGGUCAGACCAACCAACGGAGCAUUCACUCUCUUCCUGGCUCUGCACACCUGUGACACAGUGGAUGCAUACGGAUUCAUGAGUGAAGAAUUCAAGAAAUACUCCAACUACUAUUAUGACAAGUAUGUUAAAACCAGGGUCGUUUUCUAUUCCAACCACGACUACAUUCAAGAGAAGAACACAUGGAAAAACCUUCACAACAGCAAAAUAUUAAAUCUGUACCAGGGAGUGUAAGUAAACCCAGGACUGUAAGAUCUGCAGCAAUGCUGCAACGGCAAGAAUAAAAGCAAUGGGAUAAGGAAGAGACUGUUAUUUACCGAUUAUUACAAGUCAAACAGAUAAGGUUCAGAUAAGAGCGCACCAUAAACAUCUUCUCCACAAUCAAGUUGAUUCUGUUCUCUUCCAGUUAAGAUCCGGUAUUAUAACCACACAUUUGAGUAAGUCAGUGCAAUCUAGGAUGAAAUUUACACUUUUUCUGUUUCUAGCCCCGUAAUCAAAUUUCAUUUCUUACAAAUCAAUAUUCAGAAUUUAUUCAGAAUGAUCCAUACGUGUUUAACUAUAUAUAAGUAUAUACUCAUAUACAGCACAUAAACAUACACAUAAAACAAUUUCAACACAUAAACCAAAACAACAACAAACUACAUUUUUACAUAAACUAAGCAACCUGUGGUUAACAGCCACUUAAUCUCUUACCUAAUUUUUAUUUCUAAGUGACAAAAUACCUUAAUGAACACUUUAAGCUUGGGUUACUCUGGCCUCGAUCUAUAAAAAUAAGGACAAGGCUUCAAUAGAACAUAAUGAGACAACUCAAUAGGUAUGACAGGAUUAAAUAAUGCUAUCUGCACACAUAGUAAUGCAUUCUGGGGGCACAUGCAAGGCCUACCAGUUCUUACAAAUAACAAUCCAACAGUCAACACCACUCCUUUAAAAUGCAGAUUACAAGUGUUAUUAGGCAUGUAAUGUAGUAAUAAUGUAUUAUUUAGUUUUAAUGCUUUGGUGAUUGUCAAUUCGUUUCUGUAAAAGAAUGUAUAUGUAAAGUAUUAAAAGUAGCCAGGAUGUGGCUGCUGGUAUUAAACUUAAAUGAAGUGAUGUGAUGUUUUUUGACUGUUAAAACUACUACAGAUGAGAUAUAAAGGCUAUAAAUUAUUUAUUUUGGCCCAUGGGUGGUUAAAUUGUUUUUCCAAUCUGUAUCUAUCUCAGACAGUUGCAGUAUGGGCUCUGAGAUGAGCUCCUGCAGUAAACAGCACCACCUGCAGCUUUUUCAGAGCAGGACUUUAUCCAAGUGCUGUACUUUAGUACGCCUUUGACUUACUUUGUACUAUAUAUCAGUAUUGCAGUAAUAUAACGUAGCGUUACUGUUUUAACAUAAUAAUAAUAAUUAGGUGAGUGGGGUUUUGCAUGUUGUGAUGUUUUUAUCUUCUUUCCUAUUGAUGAUUUUGUAUCUUGUAAAUUAACCGUGUCACCCAAUUCUACACAGACACUGUACUUCAAUACUUUUUUCAUUAUUUCUUUUCUUAUUUCAUACAAAUAUUAUGUUGGGUAUACUUUACUAGUAUUGAGUUGUACUCUGGCCUUCAGUGCUACUUUAAUUCUUUAUGGUAAAGAUUCAACACAGUGAUGGAAACAUUCCUUGGAGAUUUUGGUCCAUGUUGAAAUGAUAGCAUUGUGCACUCUCCAGUUCCAGAAAGCAGUGGCACCCCCUGUGGGCCUCUGCUGCUGUAGCACACCUGCUUUAAGAUUCGACAUGUUCUUCUCCAUAUACUGCCACCCUUCUGUCACCUGGCACAUUCUCCUCUGAUUUCUGGAAUCAUCAAGCCACUUGUUUUAUUUAUUUUAAUUCCUUUUCACAGCUUUCUCUAUAAACCGUGGACACUUCGAGUAGAUCAGCAGUUUCUGAGACACUGCAACGAGCCCAUCUGACACCAACAAUCAAGUUAAAAGUUUAAAGACACCUACAUCACUCACUCACAUUAUUUAUUUAUUUAUUAUUUCAGCAGUUAUUGAGCUAUUAUUGACAGUUAAUUUUAUUCUG